AUGUUGGGUAGUCUUGAUUGCACGCACUGGGAGUGGGUGACAUGUCCAACCGCUUGGAAAGGGCAACACCAUCGUGGUGACCAUGAGGGUCCUACCCUAACGAUACAAGCGGUUGCGUCUCAAGAUUUAUGGAUUUGGCAUGCGUACUUUGGCAUGGCCGGUGUGAACAAUGACAUCACAGUUUUACAAUCUUCGAAUCUUUUCGACGAUGUGGAGUAUAAGUAUGGUGUUGCACCAGAUACUUUAUUCUAUGCAAACGACGUGGAGUAUAAGUAUGGGUACUAUCUUGUCGACGGUAUUUAUCCAGAGUGGGUGACGUUUGUGAAAAGUUUUUCGUAUCCAGAUGACGAGAAAAUAUUGUAUUUAAAAAAGAAACAAGAGUCAGCACGAAAAAAUGUCGAGCGGGCUUUCGGUGUAUUAAAAAAGAGAUGA